AUAGAAAACCCGGCAGAGCAUUCAGCCUCCUCCCUUCUUCGUCAGUUCCUUGUCCACUCGGUUAUUAAAACCGAGGCGACACGGUCGGCAACCGGCAAUUAUCUGGCGAGCCUUCGAAGCCGCGCACGCUUCGAUCCGCCAGAUACAGCGUUUCUCAGUUUUCUUUUCAUUCUCAUUUUCGUUUUUGUUCUACUCGAGCGUGGUGGCAGUGAUCGAAAUCACGGAAAUACCUUAUCUUCUAUUUCACCUCGCGAUUAACCAAAAUUAGCAGAGGAUUUUAAUAUCAUUUCUAAGGACAGUACCAUGGAUACCAGGAAGUGAAGUGAUGGCACAAGUGAUACGGUAUCAACAGGUCCGCGACAACGCAUCCGUGGAAAUAUAGCGUAUCAUAUCGGUGAAAUUCUAGUGUCAAACGUGAAGAUUAUUUUCGUUCAGUUGUGUGAAACGUUUAUUCAGAAGUGACCGCUCCUGCAUCAUGCUAUCAUCAAAUUAUUCGAGUAUUCGCUUGCAACAUUUAGGAACAAGAAGCGAUACUAUGUGUAUGCCGACGAUGGCGCCUAUGUCCAGCCUCCCAAUGCCGAUGCACCAACCUGCUAGGUUCGAUUACAGAAGUUCAAAUAUUCGUUAUCAACCGUACAAUCCUACGUUUAGCGGUCAUCACCAUCAAACCAGCCAAUCGGGAUACUGGUAUUCCGGAUCCAUGAACCACGGUCAAAUCACGGAGGCGUUAACGCCGCCGGCGUACACGAUGGCAAAUGUUGCUACCAGUACGACCUCGUGGACAACAGACACUCAUCUUGCGCAACCUCAGCUCACGAAUAUCUCAGCGAUACAACAUUAUUCAUUGCCGCCGAGUCCAUCGGAUCUACCACCCAGUCCACAAAAUCACUCUCCGCCUUAUCAAUGGCCUCUCACACCGCCGUCUGAACACGUCUUCCUGAGUACGGAGGAUCCUGGAAAAUCUGGCAGAAAAUGUAUUAGAUGUAGAUGUCCAAAUUGUCAAACAGACGGCGCAGCUCAGGUUGGAGUCGACGGCAAGAAACAACACCUAUGUCACGUUUCAGGAUGCGGUAAAGUGUAUGGCAAAACUUCUCAUCUAAAGGCACAUUUGAGAUGGCAUACCGGCGAACGACCUUUUGUAUGUCACUGGCUGUUCUGUGGCAAAAGGUUCACGAGGAGCGACGAAUUGCAGCGUCACCUCCGAACGCAUACUGGCGAAAAGAGAUUCGUGUGUCCUGUGUGCGAGAAGAGGUUCAUGAGGAGCGAUCAUUUGACAAAACAUCUGAAAACACAUGAGAACCAGAAAAGGAGAGGUUCUACGAAUAAAACGGAGUCGAAUAAAGAGAAUUCGUUGCCCGCUGCAACUGAACAGAAUUUGUAUUCUGGAGUACAAUAUGCUGUAAUUUAGGAUUAUUGAUUUGUAUAAUUAUUGUAUGUAGAAGUUUGUUAUCUAUAUGAUUUCUACGUGUAGUAAAGUUAGGGAAAACUGAAAAGAUGACUAAUGUACGAAGCAGAAGUAAAAUAUCUGAUACUUUCUAUUAAUCUACUUAUUCGUAGUCUACAUUUAGAAUUGUAUUGAGUUUAUCGCUUUGGUUAGUCAUCUUAUCAGCUCUGUAUUACAAUUGUGUCUUUAUUUGUAAAUAAUGUCAUUUGAUUAGUCCCUCUUGCUGUAUAUACUAUUAUACUAAUUAUUGUAUAUAGAAAAACGAUAUAUUUUUGUACAGAACAUAUCGUAGAUCUAUAUUUAAAUUGUGUGAUCGGAAUAAAAAUAAUAGAAAUAAUA